CAUAUUCCUCAAUAUUAAACCCCACCAUCCUUGUUUGCCAAAAUUAAAAGACCCCAACACAUCCCCACGACUCUCUCGCUUAAUCUUCGAAACUGAUCAACCCAACCGAACACAAACACUUCUCUGUCCUUCUCUGUCUCUCAUGGCCGCGUAUAGAGCCGACGACGAGUACGAUUACCUCUUCAAGCUUGUCUUGAUCGGCGACUCCGGCGUCGGCAAAUCCAACCUGCUCUCCAGGUUCACCAGAAACGAGUUCAAUUUGGAGUCCAAGUCUACUAUUGGGGUUGAGUUUGCCACCAAGACUUUGAGCGUUGAUGACAAAGUCAUCAAGGCUCAGAUUUGGGACACUGCUGGCCAGGAGAGGUACCGUGCCAUUACAAGUGCCUACUACCGAGGAGCCGUUGGUGCUUUACUGGUGUAUGAUGUCACUCGGCAUGCUACAUUUGAGAAUGUAGCAAGGUGGUUGAAGGAGCUGAGGGAUCACACAGACCCCAACAUUGUGGUCAUGCUCAUUGGCAACAAAUCCGAUCUUCGUCACCUGGUGGCAGUCUCGAAGGAGGAUGGCAAAUCUUUUGCUGAAAGAGAGUCCCUCUACUUCAUGGAAACUUCAGCAUUGGAAGCAACCAAUGUGGAAAAUGCAUUUACUGAAAUCUUGGGUCAAAUAUACCGGGUUGUAAGCAAGAGGGCAGUCGAAGCAGGCGACAAUGGUAGUGCUUCCGCUGUUCCAUCCAAAGGACAGACCAUCAAUGUUAAAGAUGAUGGCUCUGUUUUAAAUCGAUUCGGAUGCUGCUCAAACUAGUUAGUAUAUUCUCCUGCUGGUGUUUUUUUUUACAGAAGUUUCCUAUUUCAAUUGCCUUAAAGUUCUUUGUCUUUGUAUAGGAUUACCAGCACUCUCUUUUAGAAUAAGAAACUAAUGUGUCAGAUAUAUUGUUUGCAAACAUUGCGUAGGCCAGGUUCUAUCUGUAUACUAAUUACUAAACAUCAGGUGUGUUCUUUGUGUUCCUAAACUCUUGGUCCCCAUAUUAAAUUGUUUGCUUAUUAUAUCUCAGCCAUUCACUCCUA